AUGAUCUCAGCCAUCAUUCUCGGGAUCGCGGCAGUGACCGACUUGGCAUGGGCCUCGCCAGCUGCCAAUCCCCUCGAGGCCCGUCAAGCAGACCAGCGGUGCAACGCCGCGACCUUUACGGGCUCCCCCAGCUGGCCAUCAUACGCGACCAUCACCACGGCACCCGCGACGGUGAACAUCAGCGCGGCCCGCACCGCCUGCUACCUGAGGGUGUCCCUCCGUCCGCCCGGGUCCAGCAACAACUUCACCGUCGGCAUUGCCCUGCCCGACAGGACAAUCUGGCAGAGCCACGCCUCGAGGUUCCUCGCCGUCGGCAACGGCGCCUACAUCCCCACGAUCCCCGACUCGGACAUUGCGUACGGUGCCGCCCUGGGCUUCGCCACCGCGGGCACCGACACGGGCCAUGCGGGCUACGACCCCUUGGACCUGUCGUGGGCCGAGGACCCCGACAAGCUCAUCGACUUUGCCUACCGCUCCAUGGACUACACCGUCAGCUUUGGCAAGACCCUGACCCGCAUCUUCUACGAGACCGAAACCCUGGGCAGGGCCUACUACGCCGGCUGCUCCACCGGAGGCCGUCAGGGGCUCAAGCAGGUGCAGGACCACCCGGACAGCGUCGACGGCGCCCUCAUCGGUGCUCCCGCCUGGGACCACAAGCACUACCUGCCCUGGGUCGGCAAGGUCGGGUCCUACCAGGUCGACCUGCCCGAGGCGGACCGUCUCAACAAGCCCUGGCAGCUGCGUCUGCUGACCGAGAUAGCAAUCAGCACCUGCGACGUCCAGGCUUCAGGUGACCCAGCCGACGGGGUCAUCGGCCACCCAGAAACCUGCAACCCCGAUCUCGACUCCCUCCUCUGCGGUCAAGGCCAAGUCGGCAACGCGACGAACCCAUGCCUGACCCCGGUGCAGAUCGACAUAGCCCGAAACAUGUACGCCGACUACCUUCUCGACGACGGCACCCGCGUCUACGAGCGCGUGUACCCAGGCUCGGAGCAGGACUGGAUCAACCUGGCGAGCGACGUCGCCCUCGCGCGCUUCGACACGCAGUACCAGCAGCACUUUCUCGACCGCGCCGACCCGCUCAACCCGCCCAUCCAGGACUGGACGCGGUACGAGGACGCCAUCGCGCGCAUCUCGGCGCGGCAGGACCCGGGCAACGUGACGGCCGACCGCUUCGCCGGCUUCGCGGCCUACCGCGGCAAGAUCCUGCUGUACCACGGGCAGGCGGACGGGGUGGUCCCGCCAGCGGGCAGCGACCGGCUGUACCGGGCGGCGCGGCGCGCGGUGACGGGGUCCGAGGCCGGCGACAUCACGGGCUUCUUUCGCUUCUUCCAGGUGCCCAACAUGCGGCACUGCGUCUCGAGUGCGCCCGACGACCGCGCGCCCUGGUGGUUUGGCGCGGCCAACCAGGUCGCCGUGCCGAUCGAGGCCGUGCCGCCCGAGCUGUUGACGGGCGCGGACAAUGCGCUGGUGGCGCUGGUGGACUGGGUCGAGGGCAGAAGUCAGGGGCCCGCGCAGGUCGUGACGUCGAGCUUCGACAACGUAACGGGGGCGAUUUAUGCACAGAGGCCCGUGUGCGGCGUACCUGGGUGGAGAUGUCAAUGUGACGACGAGCUGGACUUGUGA